AUGUGGUGGUGUGCCGUGCAGUCCUUUUUUUUGUUUCUCUGUACAGCCCGUUGGCAUGUACCCAUGGUUCUCUGUGUCAUCUCUGCUCCUGCAGGUGAGAAGUGGUACAAGCGUCACCUGACCUACAGGAUAGUGAACUGGCCUCGUCACCUUGCGCCGGGCCCUGUGCGGCUGGCGGUGCGUGCCGCCUUUCAGCUGUGGAGCAACGUGUCAGGCCUGGCCUUCCAGGAGGUCCCAGAGGGCCCCACGGACAUCCGCCUGGCCUUCUACGAGGGCGAGCACAACGACGGGGCCAGCAACGCCUUUGAUGGCCCAGGUCAGGACCCAGCACCUCAUUUUCACCCUACUGGAUCUUACUAUGGGGCCUGGAGUUUUUUUCCUGACCAUGUAACCUGACCUUGGGCCGUAAUUGGUAUUCAUAGCUAGUUUCCAGGUCACAUGGUCCAUAACUCCUGGCCCUACUAUUCUUUUAAAGUAAAGAAAGAGCUUAAUCACCCAAAUCUGGGCACCAGAGAGGGGCCAUUGGAGUUCCUGUCCUGUCCAAACCUCUCACACUCCCUCUCCUCUCCUGUCCUAUAGGGGGAGCUCUAGCACAUGCCUUCUUCCCUUGCCGGGGGGAGGCCCACUUCGACAUGGCAGAGAGGUGGACGCUGUACGGACACAAGGGCCACAACCUGUUCAUGGUGACAGCCCACGAGAUAGGCCACACGCUGGGGCUGGAGCACUCACCGGUGCGCCACGCCCUCAUGUCCCCCUACUACAGGAAGCUAGGCCGCGCCCUGGUCCUCAGCUGGGAUGACAUCGCUGCAGUGCAGCAGCUCUAUGGUAAAUGAUUUACGAUGUCUUCCAUUCAGGUUAAAACCAAUGAUGUCAUAUACUGUAUACACUACAAGGCAUGUCUGUGAAUGAAACCAUCUGUCUGUAUGUAAGGUUAAAUGGGGCAUCGACAAUGAAUCAAGAUACAGCCAUCUCAGUCAGAUUUAUAAGAAAAAGUGAUUUAAUAGAAAGUAAAAUCCCUUUUUGUUGAAAGGAAUUGCAUCGUUAAAUGAGCGGAACUGUCCAAAUGCCUCCACUGGUGAGUAGAGGAGAGCCUUGAGGCCCACAGCUGCUGCUGCUGUUGCUGCUGGGGACAGUUGAACUAAAGAGCAGCAGAGGUAGUGUGACUGAACUCAAACAUAACAUACUUCCCCUGCCCCCCCCCCCCCCCCCCCACACACACACACACACACACAAACACCACUUGCAGACCUCUGUGAUUUAGUGAGUUAGCCUUCAUAACGAGAGAGAGGGAGACAGACAGACUGACAUCACUCAUUUACUGAACAAGAAUAUAAACGCAACAUGUAAAGUGUUGGUCUCAUGUUUCAUUCGCAGAAAUAAAAGAUUACAGAAAUGUUUCAUAUGCACAAAAAUAGCAUUUCUCCUUUGCCAAGAUAAUCCAUCCACCUGACAGGUGUGGCAUGAUCAUUACACAGGUGCACCUUGUGCUGGGGACAAUAAAAGGCCACUCUAAAAUGUGCAGUUUUGUCACAUAACACAAUGCCACAGACUUCUCAAGUUUUGAGGGAGCGUGCACUUGGCAUGCUGACUGCAGGAAUGUCCACCAGAGCUGUUGCCAAAGAAUUUAAUGGUCAUUUAUCUAGCAUCCUUUUAGAGAAUUUGGCAGUACAUCCAACCGGCCUCACAACUGCAGACCAGAAUGUCAACAUUGUGUACAGAGUGCCCCAUGGUGGCAGUGGGGUUAUGGUAUGGGCAGGCAUAAGCUACAGACAACAAACACAAUUGCAUUUUAUCGAUGGCAAUUUGAUUGCACAAAAAUACCGUGACUAGAUCCUGAGGCCUAUUUUUUAAAAAGGUAUCUGUGACCAACAGAUGCAUAUCUGUAUUCCCAGUCAUGUGAAAUCCAUAGAAUUUAUUUCAACUGACUGAUUUCCUUAUAUGAACUGCACUCAGUAAAAUCAAAUUGAAAUUGUUGCAUGUUGCGUCUAUAUUUUUGUUCAUUAUACAGUAUAUCUCUGGCUUCUCUAUGGCCUCUGCAUGAUGAAUCGUCAACGCUCCGGGUGGGGACAGACCACCCAUCUCAGUAUGGAGCGCAGUUCACAAUGCAUGUAGACCUAACAUCUCAUCAUGGUAAAUUUUUUUAUUGUGACAGGUGGGCCUACAUUUUCUGCAGAAUAGUCUAAGCUACAGUAAUAUAAAGACCGAAUGCGCGUCUAAUUUACCCAUCUCCAUCUGGCUUUCGGGGGUCACCUUGUUUUUUAAUUGUAAAGAUGUAUUUAUUUAUUUAUUGCAGCCGCAUAGUUUUAAAACAGCCUAUCACUCGAAUGUCGUUGCUUUAAAUCGGAGCACACGCGAGCACUCUCGCAGUCUUUUCUCUCCUCCAUGAACUCCAUUCAAAUUGCAUCCAAAAUACUGUAGAUAAUCCUGUUCUAGAUUGAUAUAUAGCCCUAUAUACAGUGCCUUCGGAAAGUAUUCAGACCCCUUCCCUUUUUCCACAUUUUGUUACGUUACAGUCUUAUUCUAAAAUUGAUUAAAUUGUUUUUUCCCCUCAUCAGUCUACACACAAUACCCUGUACUGACCAAGCAAAAACAGCAGUUAUGUAUUCACACCCACAACCAUUCAAUCCUCAUGAAGAGAAAUGAAAGCCUUCUGCAUCUAAUUCUUGUCCUAUAUUAUUCAAGGAUGUCAUUCGAAUGAUGAAGAUAAGGACAACAAAACGUAUUUCAUUUAACUGUUGAAAGCGAGAAAGGGAUGAAGCGACAAUGGAGAGAGAAAGAGGAGGUAGGCUAAUAACAUUAGGGGAAAUAUUAUGAAAGGUAUGCCUAUAUAUGCGUCAGCUUACUAAUUAUACAAAAAGGCCCUAUUAUAUUUCAACAUUAAAAUCGAAUUCGCUAGCCUAUAAUUGUACAUUUGUAGGCCGCAUGUGCUGCACCAGUAUCGCGUGUUUUCUCCCUGCUUUAUCAUGGUUUGAACGAUGUGCUUAAUUCCAGUCGAUAUAAUACAGUAUAAUACAAUACAGUACAGUAAUACAGUUCACACUCAAAAAGAUUAGCCUACUGGAGCUUGUUUCAUUUAUUUACCCAAGAGAGCAUAUAACUAGCUACAUCUAUGGGCUUUUAUGUUGUGCAUAAUGUGCAGUAGCCUAUAUCAUAUAUAUAUAUUGUAUAACAAUCAUUUGGGCUUGGGCUCAUUAAAUGUCUUUAAUGUAGGACUCAUAAAAUGUAUUUAAUAUAUGGCUCAUCAGGCUCAGGUAGCAUCAGGCUUGAAUUUCCGAUCAAAGCUCUAAUCAAAUCCAGACAUACUGUAGGCCUAUUUAUAUGCUUUAUAAUGCUUUUGAAUGACACUUCUGGUUUUAGCCGGGAAAUACCGGGUUACCCAGGAGAAAAGUGAUUUAUUCUCGGGAUGGAACAUUUGUAAAAUACCGGGAAAAUAUUCAACCCUAGUCUGCAUGCAUAGCCUACAUGCUUUUAUGUAGAACAAAUGGAGUAGCUGUUUGCAGUGGAGGUUUUUGCUCCCUCCUGGCAUGUGUAAGACAGGUUUCCACAGGUUGCUGCUGCUGUUGUAUGAUGAGUCCCAUCCAUCCUCCUGCAGGCAUUUAUCCAGGAAUGUCUCCGUGACUAUGGAGCAGUCCUACCUGGAUCCAACAAAAGGCAUGCCAAUUCUAGAUGCCUUUCUCUGUUUGAUUUCAUUGAGAUGAAAAGACAUACAGUUUUGUACAUUCUAGUCCUUUUUAGUUCAAAAACAUUUGGCAUAUUUCAUAUAUUGAUACAGAUCUGCUCCCCUUUAUAUCAAGUCUCUAAGCAUUACCACUGCUGAUUGUGGUAUUGGGUUCCUCAUACAGAACAAUGGGAUGAAAACAUUAGACACUUUAUCUUCUGAGAUAUUAAGGUAUGCAGUGCCCUGCGGGCAGAAUGUAUGUGUGUUAGCACCAUGUGAUGAUGGGAACCAGAUGUCUGUCUGACCUGAAUACCUUCACAGCACCACUGUACUGUAUCUGACCUCCAACAACCUUCCGACAUAUUUCUAACCAUUCUGGUCUGGGUGUACGGCCAUGGCAUCUGCUUUACAUUUACAUUUUAGUCAUUUAGCAGACGCUCUUAUCCAGAGCGACUUACAGUUAGUGAGUGCAUACAUUAUAUUUUAUUUUUCAUACUGGCCCCCCGUGGGAAUCGAACCCACAACCCUGGCGUUACAAACGCCAUGCUCUACCAACUGAGCUACAUCCCUGCCAGCCAUUCCCUCCCCUACCCUGGACGACGCUGGGCCAAUUGUGCGCCGCCCCAUGGGUCCCCAUACACUGCAGAUUUUGCAGGCCUUCCCACCCACAAAGCAUGUAGAGGUCUGCAACCUUCACCAUAGGUACACUUCAACUGCGAGAGACGGAAUCCAAAACAAAAAUCCAGUUUUAGAAACCUUAUUUUUUCGUAGGAACAUCACAAAUGGCACCCUAUUCCCUAUGUAGUGUAUUACUUUUGCCCAGGGCCUAUAGGGACUUGCAUAGGGCUCUGGUCAAAAGUAGUGCACUAUAUAGGGAAUAGGGUGCCAUUUGGGACGGAACCUUCGUUUUAGUGAUAAUGUCAUGUCACAGUGUAUGAGAUUUUGCAGUAGACUUGGCCACACGAGUCUGUAAUCUAGUAAUUGUUAUAUAUUUUAAAUAGUCUGUGUAGAGACUUACCCAAGUAUACAGUAUGUUUAGAUUACACACAGUAGCACCGUUCUCAGCAAAGCAUCUCUGUUUUAUUCUUCCUGCCAGAUUUUCCUCUUCUCCUUGGGGAUGCUGAUAUCAUCACUGCGAAGACAAAUGUUUGCUCAGCCUGUUGCAAACAAAAUGGGGGUGUGACGUCCAGAGCCUUAUCAUAGGACGCUGCUUUGGGUUUCGUUUUACAUCCUUUUGCAGUAGUGUCUUUCUUCAUUCUUUUCAAUGAGAAUGACAUUCUCUACGUUUACCAGUAAACGACCAGAAUUUUGGUAUCUUUCAAAGAUUUAAUGUAAUCUAUCACAAUACAUCUAGUGGCCCUUUUGGGUACUUCAGAUUAUCACAGGUGUCUGUAAUUAUCUCUGGCCCACUCUGGUCUUAUCACAUUUAAAAUAUACUAAAUAAUUACAAUUUUAGAAUGCAAAGCUGUAAAACAUUAUCCUAAAUAUAAACCAUCAACUUAGUGAAUACCAUUGGUGUUUAUGAGGGUUUCAGCAUGAAAUAUCCUUAGAAAAAUGUUUUUACACUUUUAUUUAUUUUACUAUGUUAAUAUGUAUUUGUUGUCAAUGUGUUGGUGUCAAACUGGUGUCAGUUGUGAAAAAAGUCAAUAGUUGGAAGAGUUGCAGAGGUAAUUUAAAAUAAUACCAUUGUUGAUUAGAGGCUAUUUUCUCUCGAACCAUAUGGUCUAUCUACUAGAAACUCAUGGACAAUAUGGACACAGAUAUAACAAAUGAAGACUAUAUUUGAAUACAUGUUUUUUUUUGUUAUUCAAGUAUACAUUACUAAAGUUAUGAUAGAUUUCCAUAGAUUUUCUGUUCAUGACCAAAAUGACUGAAGAUUCCAGUAACUUUGCAACCGUUUGUCCAGUACACAGCAACUCAACAGAUUACCGAGAAGGCCAGAUUGACUGUUUAUAUCAUUGACUAUUUGAGAACAUUGUUCUCUGUUUGUUUCCACUUGAGAGGGUUGUUUGUUCCCAUGAUGUCCAAUUUGAGGAAAUAUUGUCAUUGUUUUUGGUUUGGAUAUCUCAUGUUUUUUUAAGGGAAAAAAUUACCUUGCCAUGCAGACUUCCUCUAUCAAGUAUCAACCAACAUUUGUCCCAUUGGAGCAGUAAAUUAAUCUGUAAGCCAAUAUUUGUCCUAACAUCAGCUUUUAUUCACAUGGUAGUUCAUCAUAAUCAGUGGCCAUUCACCUGAUAUAUAGAUUGUGGAAGUAACACUUGUAAGAGUUUAGUUAAGAUGGCUGACAAAACAUUAUCUUGGAGGACGCAAUGGAAUGCUUAUCACUUAUCACCCCAUCACUUAAAACACUCUAACUUGUGUCUGUAUCCGAUCUACUCUCCCAUUCCAUAUGUUCUCAUUUUCUUAUCCUGACUGAUCCCGGAUCUGUAUGCGCUUCAGCAAACCCAAUUUUUUGUUGUUAUGGGAUAACGGUUACAAUAUUUAAAUUAAAAUACUUUCAUAUUCCGUUCAUAUCACAUGUUCCAUUCAUUAUGUCACACAUAUAUUUAAUUUUUGUACCUGUGGGCUGCCACUCUGAAGAAGAAAAUAAAACAUUAAAAAAAGGUACAUAACUACAAAGUAUUGAUCAUAUUACAGAGUUUAAGUAAUAAUACAUUCAGUAUGUACAGGAAAAUAAAAUAAAAAAUAAGUGGGCCUCCACCCCCAACCUCCCAUUCCCCCAACCAGCCAACAUAUCCCCACCCAGCCCCCCCUUCUGACUACUGUUGUCAUUCCAACCCCUCCGUUGGUCAGAUGACCAGGCUACUGAUGGUCUCCCUCUCUCUGUCCUCCCCAGGAAAGCCUCUGGGAGGUCGGCCUAUGAGGUUAACAGGCCAGGCAUUCAGCUCAGCCCUGCAGGAGUGGGAGGAGGCUGAGGUGCCCGAGGGACAUCCUGAAAUGGCCCAGCCCCUCUACUGCCAGGGGGUCUUUGAUGCCAUCACUAUGGGUAGGGCACGACUGUACUCACAAUCAUUUGAAAUCCCCCUAAACACAAAUAAGUUAUUCAUUGGGAUAUUAUUAACUGGGUGGUUCGAGCCCUGAAUGCUGAUUGGCUGACAACAUUUAUUUGUACUGCUCUAAUUACGUUGGUAACUAGUUUAUAAUAGCAAUAAGGCCUGAGGGGGUGUGGUAUAUGGCCAAUAUACCACGGCUAAGGGCUGUAUCCAGGCACUCUGUGUUGCGUCAUGCAUAAGAACAGCCCUUAGCCGUGGUAUGUUGGCCAUAUACCACACCCCCUCAGGCCUUAUGUCUGUCUUUGUGUGUUCAGACCAGAACCACACAGUCCUGGUGUUCCGGGGCAGUGUGUACUGGAUGGUGUCAGCUCAGGGGAACGUGAGCGCGCCUCUCUCUCUCCAGCAGCGCUGGCGCCACCUCCCACUGGCCAUCGAGGCAGCGGCCUUCUCCCCACUGGACAGCAAGUGGUACUUCUUCAAAGGUCAAGUAAAGUCAUCUCCUUAAAUUCACUUUAGUCAGUGAAUGAUCGUGUGAAGUGGCCUGGUCCCAGAUUGAUGUGCUUUAGCAAACGCCCCUGACUAUGGUUGCAUGACAAUAACAAAUAACACGGCAGAGGACUUGGCUAAAGCAUAAACAGGCUAAAGUGCCUCAGUGAGUAAGUAGUGUUGUUGAUUGCGCUGAAUUCUCUCUCGCUACCCCUCCCUCUGCAGGUAAGCGUAUAUGGCGUUACUCGGACAGUGCCCUGGACCCUGGCUUCCCCAGGAGGAGCAGCCAAGCCGGCCUCCCCUGCCACCCAGACUGUGCCUUCUACUACGCCCCCCUGGGACACAUGGUCCUCUUUAAGGGCUCCCGCUACUACGUGCUCAACCUGCACACGCUGAGGUCCGAGCCCUAUUACCCCCGCCGGCUGGCCGACUGGACCGGGGUGCCCCAGGGAACCAACGGUGCACUGACCCGUCCCGACGGGCGCCUCUAUCUCUUCAGGGAGCAGCAGUACUGGAGGUUUGACCCGGUGAAGGUGCACAUGACCAGAAAGGGCCAGUGGGCUCAGGACCUGGAAUGGAUAGGCUGCAGGAGCAGGACUCACCAGGGCAAUGACAUCCUGUGACAAACAGGGGGAGCUACAGGUCUCAUAUCAAAGUUGAUGAGCCAAAAGCCUGAAACGUUAGCCUGGGUACAAGUCUGUUUCUGCUAAUAUUCCAGUUCUUGUACUCUGUAUCAUAUGCCAAACAGUUUAGCAUGACAAGGAGUGGAAACAGACUGGCACCCAGUCUACCAAAACAUAUAAAAGGCCAUUAUGUCUGUGCAAUCUAAAUAUGGAAGACUUUGUUGUAGCCAGCCGCGGUCGUUGGCCUGAGACUCACUGUCAUCAGUGCCAUUGAACUGGACUUUCUUUAGUAAGACUCAUGACACAAUAAAACGGACACUAGUCAUGAACAUUGUUGAGCUCAUUAAGCCUGGGCCGGGCCAGGCACGUUGUAGAGCACUGUCGACAAUUCACCUUUUAAAGACAAUGUUUCCGACAUUCGUGAAGAUCGCAUUCACGGUAAACGCUG